GGAACCUCUUAUCAAGGGAGCUAGUUCCAUCUCUUGACAACUGCUUAACAGGAUAUGGUCCACCCACGGAGAGGACUAGAAGGAAUUGUCACUAUCGAUCACUGAGUCUAGGGGCAUCGGACGAGAUUUGUCUAACGUUUAGAAAGAAGAAGGGGACCUUGGCAACAGGGUGGCUUAUUGAUUGAUUGACGCGCCCCUCUGAUCUAUCCAACACUCACUCUGUUAAGCGCGUUCGAGCUGGAAUUUCAUUAACCCCACCGAUGAAUCCAGCAUACCAAGGAUACCAGCCUUAUGGGCACAACUACCAGCCUGAUGAGCGGGAAUACCAACCCUACGGGCAUGUUCCACCGGAGAAAACGUCAUUUCUUCCAGCCCAAGCUCCAAUUUCCCCAAGUCGCAAGCGCCGCUUUUGGCAUGCUCUCGGCCGAUUCCACCUCUUCACUCUGCUACUAAGUUCUGUGGCGCUUCUUGCAACCCUGAGUUUUCUGGCAUUCCUUUGGAGAACGUCUCUUGAUGUUGUUGCCGGAAAAGGGGGCCCCAGGAUGUGGCACAAACUGAUCAAUCGAGGAUGGAUCAUUCGCGCAGUAACCCUUUCCUCGGUGGUAAUCCGGACAUCCGUCGCAGCUCAGGUCGGUCUUGUAACACCUAUGAUAGCGUCAUUACUGUUGGAGCGAGCAGGAAGCCGGCUCGGCGGUCUUCCAAUGUUGUCGAUCAUGCGGAGUGUGAACAACUCUCCGCAUCAUCUAAUAUGGCCGGCUAUGUACCAAAUCCUGGGCUCGACUUCGUUCGCAUAUAUUUCAUUGUUAUUCGUUGCCCUAGUAGCAUCAAUUGUCUUGCAAUUUACGUCCACGAUCCUGCUCCUGGACUUCGCGGAUCAAAGUAUACUCUCCGGACUCAACUCCACAAAUGUCGCCUUUGGGUUGAAUUACAAUGACUCCCUUCGGGUUGGCGCAACGGACGCAUACCAAGGCAUUAAUUACUGGAAAUCACGCCCGUUGAGCUAUCCAAGAUUCGCGGAGUGGCAUCACCCUCCCAAUCCAGAGGACGGAGUUGCAGACACUGGACCUACAUACCGUGCUUACCUUCCAUUCAGCUCGGCAAAUGAAAGACGAAAACUUCGCAAUUUCACGGGGGUUGCGACCGUCCUGGACCUUCGGACAGUCUGCGUUAAGCCGCAACUCUCACUGAAAACUGGGUGGCUGAUGACAGAUGAUUUGUUGGCGCUGAACGGCACCGCUGGCUGGAAAGGGUCGUAUUCUAUGCUUUCACCUCCGAAAUACGGAGACAAUAUCGAGACGUCUUUCAACUGCACAAUCCCCUUGGAAUCUUCGACAGGCCCGACCAAUGGCUACUGGAAAACAUCAAUAUGUCAUCUGAGAGAUCUCGCAGAUCUAAAGGGCAGCAUUCAGGAAGAUCGAGAAUGGUUCGCCAAGACAUAUAUGGUAUUCAACACUACUGGUUCAGGGACAGACUGGGAAGCUUCUGGCAAGUUCAGCCAAUGGAAGACGAACUCGGGUGAAGCGUGGACGACAUUGACUGCGCCCAAUAACCCUUCCUCCAUCAGCGCUACACUGUGCUUCACCAAUCCCCUCCCGUUCAAUUACGAAGUCAACAUGUGGAGCAAAGCCGAUACCUCCGAACCCUCCCUAAACUGGGAUAACACAACCGGACACUAUAUAACCCACGACAUCCUACACCUCUACGAUGGUCUCUCCCACCCCUCUAACCCAGAAGAACGCGGUAUCCUUAAUCUCGACGCGCACGCAAACUGGACCGCACACCUCGCGGAACUUAAAACAAACACCAAAACUCUGAAUUUCAUAUGGACAGCCUUGGACGAAGGCUUCGUUCAAGGAAACACCGACAUCCCGACACCAAACAAAGGCGCACUAUUAACCCCCUGGUCCGAUGGAAUCUCGCAGGCCAUCCACCGUGCCCACAUUGCCGUAUUCCAGGAUAUCAUUCGCACAACACACAAUCCUGCACUCGCAGUCCAAGCUCUUUUCACUAUACUCACUCAGUCCGCGUACUAUGAUUUUCUCGCGCAGUUUGAUGUCAGUGCGCCAGCUACUUUUGCGUUUUCUAGGCAGGUUACUAUUCCGCAUGAGUGGAAAGGGUUUGGUAUUGUAUGUGCGGUGUUAGGAGUGCAUUUUGUGGUGUUUGUGGUUGUAACGGUGUUAUUUUUGGUGGGGACUGAGGUUAGUAUGUUGGGGAAUGCGUGGCAGGCGGUUUGUCAGGUCGUGGAGCUGGUGGAGAAGGAUGUUUUAGAUGGCGUUAAAGGGAAGGGCGAUGAGGAGGUGGAGGAAGUUUUGAAAGGGAGCGGGAGGGCGGAUAGGAUUUUUAGGGUUAGGUAGAGAAUGGGGGAUCUGGUGUGUUAACCAAAGAAAAUAAGUUGUCAUUUGAGGUUCUAGGAGGUACUAUGAUUUCACAUCAAGGUCAGCAAUGGCAAAU